AUGGUCGUAUUAUUGCUCUCUGUAAUUCUGUGGAUUUCGCGAACUACCGAUACUGUAUUAUUUGAUAAAAAACACGAAUUAUUUAUGAACGACGUGCCAUGUUAUAUUUGUGCAGCAGAAUGGAAGCUGCAGAACAGUGAUCGAAAGGUAGUAAUUGAGCAGGCUAAGCUUGCUGACGACGAGGAUAAGUGCGAAGUAACAGUUGUCCGUGAAGUAGAAGAUGCCUUGGAAAUGAUGCAACCAGAAUCUUGGCAGAAUGCCGCCAUUAAUGGUUCCACGCUGAAACGAGAUACUGAAAAGUUUCUGAAUGAGAACCAGAAUCCGUUAUCAGUGGAGCAGUUUCGGAAGAAGCUGGCCAUUCUGAGUUCACGUUGGAAAAAAUAUCGAAUGCAGCAGGAUUUCAAUAAAUGGACAACAUUAAGACAUUGGCUUCGUUUACCAUCUUUGCGACAUCGUUUGCAGGUUCUGGAAAAAGAUCUGAAAAGUGAAAAGCAAUCGCGGCGACACCGGCGACUCUUACAUCGUGUGCAACAAGUACAGAAUAUUCUGCAAACUGUUAGGAAAAAGCUGCAAGAUGUUUAUGCCGUUUUGCAUCGUGAAGGAAAGUCGCCGUAUUCCGAAACAUUGUUACAGAAGCGUUUUGCUGCAGCCAUAGAUCAUAAGCUAUUACAAUCACGACGACGGUAUUCUCCACCAAAAUAUAAUUUGUUGCCAAGCCAUCAAGCGAGCAAAUGCCAUUAUUUGCAUCGGUUAUCAUGA